GGCGCUGUCCCACUACUUAGAAGCAGCUGCUCGGCUCCUUCUUGAGUCUCUUGUCUUCAGUCCUCCUGCCUUCAAGCCAGCCUACACCAUGUCCAUCAGGGUGACCCAGAAGUCCUACAAGAUGUCCACCUCUGGCCCCCGGGCCUUCAGCAGCCGCUCAUACACGAGUGGGCCCGGUGCCCGCAUCAGUUCCUCCAGCUUCUCCCGGGUGGGCAGCAGCAGCAGCUUCAGGGGGAGCCUGGGCUCCAGCAUGGGUCUGAGCAGCAGCUAUGGCGGGCCUGGUGCUGUGGGGGGCAUCACAGCAGUCACUGUAAACCAGAGCCUGCUGAGCCCCCUCAAGUUGGAGGUGGACCCCAACAUCCAGGCUGUGCGUACUCAGGAGAAGGAGCAGAUCAAGACCCUAAACAACAAGUUUGCCUCCUUCAUCGACAAGGUACGGUUUCUGGAGCAGCAGAACAAAAUGCUGGAGACCAAAUGGAGCCUCCUCCAGCAGCAGAAGACUGCUCGCAGCAACAUGGACAACAUGUUUGAGAGCUACAUCAACAAUCUUCGGCGGCAGCUGGAGUCCCUGGGCCAGGAGAAGCUGAAGCUGGAGGCAGAGCUUGGCAACAUGCAGGGACUGGUGGAGGACUUCAAGAAUAAGUAUGAGGAUGAGAUCAAUAAGCGUACAGAGAUGGAGAAUGAAUUUGUCCUCAUCAAGAAGGAUGUGGAUGAAGCUUACAUGAACAAGGUGGAGCUGGAGUCUCGCCUGGAAGGGCUGACUGACGAGAUCAACUUCCUCAGGCAGCUGUAUGAAGAGGAGAUCCGUGAGCUGCAGUCCCAGAUCUCCGACACGUCCGUGGUGCUGUCCAUGGACAAUAGCCGCUCCCUGGACAUGGACGGCAUCAUUGCUGAGGUCCGCGCCCAGUACGAGGAGAUCGCCAACCGCAGCCGGGCCGAGGCCGAGAGCAUGUACCAGAUAAAGUACGAGGAGCUGCAGACGCUGGCUGGGAAGCACGGGGAUGACCUGCGCCGCACCAAGAAUGAGAUCUCUGAGAUGAACCGCAACAUCAGCCGCCUCCAGGCGGAGAUCGAGGCCCUCAAAGGCCAGAGGGCAUCCCUGGAGGCUGCCAUCGCCGAUGCUGAGCAGCGCGGGGAGCUGGCCAUUAAGGAUGCCAACGCCAAGGUGGCUGAACUGGAGGCCGCCCUGCAGCGGGCCAAGCAGGACAUGGCGCGGCAGCUGCGCGAGUACCAGGAGCUCAUGAACGUCAAGCUGGCCCUGGACAUCGAGAUCGCCACCUACCGCAAGCUGCUGGAGGGCGAGGAGAGCAGGCUGGAGUCUGGGAUGCAGAACAUGAGUAUCCAUACGAAGACCACCAGUGGCUACUCAGGAGGACUGAGCACAUCCUAUGGGGGCCUCUCCAGCCCUGGCCUCAGCUACGGCCUCAGCUCCUUCCAGCCCAGCUUCAGCUCUGCUGGGGGCUCUAGCUCCUUCAGCCGCACCAAGGCCGUGGUUGUGAAGAAGAUUGAGACUCGCGAUGGGAAGCUGGUGUCUGAGUCCUCAGAUGUCCUGCCCAAGUGAACGGCCUCCGUAGCUCCUCCCGUCUCCUGCCUUCUGCUGCUGCCCCAGAGCCUGGGGGGAGGCAGCUGUAAGAGGGGAGCAUAGGGAACGAGAGACCCACCCGAGGCUCAGCCCUAGCCCUACCCACCCCUGGGCAUCCCCUCUUUUGCCUGGAGUACCCCCUCUUGCCCAUGCCCUUAACCCCAAACCAAUUCAUUUGUUUUUUUCCAAAAUAAAGCCUCCGGUGGCCCUGCCA